AUGGUAGAUAACAUGAUAAACUGUCUAGACACUGGAAUGUGGUUCCUCAUUAAGAUAAUCCUCUGUAGAGACUAUGGUCUCAAAUACAAAUACAUUGACCAAAGACUGGUUGGUCAAAUAGGCACAAAGUGGAAAUUAGGUGAGAAGUGGGUCUCACAAAUGAACAAAUUGACCAAAGCUCGUGUUGGUCAAUAUCAGAAACUAGGAAAUGUCUUUUCCCUGCACUUGGUACUUCAAAGGGGCUUUCUUCAUAAGCAACAAUCUUCACAGUGGAGUAAUGACAUCAGAGGUACAAUUUUGUAA